AUGAGUAAACUUAUAAAUGUGUAUGCCAGCCCAGAAUUGAGACAAACGCUAGAUGAGGCACUUCCAGGUGUAUUUUCUAGACUAGGCUACACCGAAAACUACACUUUGAUAGACACCAAAUUGAUCAUAGGGUAUUCGAUCGCUUUGCUCGCCGGGGUUUCGUUUUUGCUGGACAAGAAACUUGACUUCCAGGAAUCACUCACGUAUCAAAAGCUGCUUGUAGCUGGUAACCUGGUUUUGUCCGUGGUAUUCUGGUAUUAUACGAAAUUUGUCCUCAGAGACGUUAAAUACGUUGGUAAGAGCAAAUCUUCUGAAAUCAAAGUGUCAACCAGACUAGAGAAAAAUGACUUUAAAUACGAUGUCAUGUUGGUAAAAGGGCCAAAUAGCUGUGUCAAGUGCGUAUUGCCAGCAAACGAGGUGUUUACGGAGGCAGGUUACCUUCAAGCAGACUUAUUGUACCAAUGGUUCCAACAACAGCUGAAAAAAGCUUGA